AUGCGCUUAAGUUUCUCACAACAGAUAUCCAUAGGUCACUGGUUCAAAUCCGGAUGUGCAUCAAAAAUAGGGGAUGGAGGGACAAUGCAACAGUCUAUUUUGAGGGUCGAUUGCUACAGCUUGUUAAUGGCCAUCAGCAGCACGUUUUUUUAUGGUGUCGAGUAUAUUUUUUAAUAGAAAUUUAAUCUCAAUUGUGUUAAUCAUAAGAUUGAUUGAAUGUCAUUUAACUUCCGAUAGCUUCUAUUAUUGGGAAUUUUUUUGAGUUCAAAAAAGGGACAAUUUUGUAUCGAAACGAUUAA